CUUUCAUCAUGGCGACUAUUGACGACGAAGAUAUUGUCGAUGAUGAUCAACUGGAGUCUCUGCUGUCUUUUCCAGCAGAUGUCCAGGAAGCUAUAGAUCAAGUGCUUCCAAGUAAUGACCCCCUUGACAGGCCUGACUUCAACCCAGUGGACUAUAUCAACUCGCUGUUUCCGACUGAACAGUCUCUGGCAAACAUAGAUGAUGUUGUUAAUAAAAUUAGGUUCAAAAUAAGACGCCUUGAUGAUGAAGUUCGGACAGUUGUCCGAGGUCAGACAAAUGUGGGUGAGGAAGGGAGACAGGCUUUGGAAGAGGCACAGAAAGCUAUCCAGGAUCUGUUCACCAAGAUCAAGGAUAUCAAAGACAAGGCAGAGAAGUCCGAGGAAAUGGUGAAGGAGAUAACGCGAGACAUCAAACAGCUCGACCAUGCCAAGCGACAUCUGACCUCUUCAAUCACUACACUGAAUCAUCUUCACAUGCUUGUAGGAGGAGUCGAUUCACUGACAUCAUUAACGCGAAGACGUCAGUACGGAGAGGUGGCUAACUUACUGCAAGGUGUACUCAAUGUGCUGGAGCACUUCGACAAAUAUAUGUCCAUCCCACAGAUCAAACUGCUGGCUGACAAGGUGAAACAAAUUCAGUCAGAACUCGGAACACAAAUCAUUGCAGACUUUGAAGAAGCUUUCCAGGGAGCUGGCGCAAAGUACGGGCCAAGCAAUCAGAAACAGCUCAGGGAAGCAUGCUAUGUGGUGAAUGUCCUUGACCCCAAAGUGAAGCGGGACCUCCUCAGCUGGUUUGUGAAGCUGCAGCUGUCCGAGUAUCUUGUACUGUUUGCCCAGGACCAGGAUGUUGCCUGGCUUGACAAGAUAGACCGGCGGUAUGCCUGGAUCAAGAGGACCCUGGUUGACUUUGAGGAGAAGUUCGGUCACCUGUUCCCCCCUGACUGGGAGGUCAGCGAGAGGAUUUGUGUGGAGUUUUGCGAUAUAACCAGGAAAGAGUUAUCUCGCAUCAUGGGCCUCAGAGCAGUGGAGAUUGACGUCAAGUUGCUGUUGUUUGCAAUACAACGUACCACCAACUUUGAGACUCUUAUAUCAAAACGUUUCAUGGGCGUGACACUGAAUGAGACACAGGGGAAACCUCCCACUCCAGCCCCAGCAGCUACAACAAACCCAUUUGAAGAAUCAACAAACCCGUUUGAAAAUGAGAGUGAUCAGGAAGUCACGUCCCCAGCAGGAGAGGAGUCCAAGUCAGCUGCAAAGUCUCAAGCUACUCCUUUCACUGGAAUCAUCUCUCGAUGUUUUGAAGCUCAUCUCAAUAUAUACAUUGAUUCACAAGAUAGGAAUCUGGCUGAGCUUAUUGGGCGCUUCCUGGAGGAUCUGCGACAGCACGGCACACCCCGUAUGGAGACUGACGAGGGAAGCAACGUGCUGCCCAGCUGUGCGGACCUGUUUGUGUUCUACAAGAAGUGUAUGGUCCAGUGUUCUCAGCUGUCCACUGGUCAGCCCAUGCAGGACCUAACAAAAACAUUCCAGAAGUAUCUCAAGGAGUACGCCAUCAGAGUCCUGCUCAACAAUCUGCCCAAACUGAGCAGUCAAAGUAACAGUAUCAGCUCAGCGACGGGAUUGAUCCAGAGCAUCCUGAAGGAGGGGGAGGUGACGAAGCUGACGGAGGAGGAACAGUGUCGGACGUGCAGCAUCCUGUGUACUGCGGAGUACUGCAUGGAGACGACGCAGCAGCUGGAGGAGAAGCUGCGGGAGAAGGUGGACGACCAUCUGGCAGCAAACAUUGAUCUCAAUGCAGAGCAGGAUAUGUUCCACAAUGUUAUAUCCAACUGCAUCCAGCUGCUGGUACAGGACCUGGAGACUGCAUGUGAGCCACUGACAGCCAUGAGUAAGAUGCCAUGGUCCACCAUCGAAGCUGUGGGAGACCAGAGCGGCUACGUGACGGCCAUCUCGUCCCACCUGAAGACCAACCUGCCGAUCAUCAGGGACAACCUGGCAGCAUCCAGGAAGUACUUCACUCAGUUCUGUGUCAAGUUUGCCAACUCCUUCAUUCCAAAGUUCAUCAACCAGUUGUGUAGGUGCAAACCCAGCAGCACAGUGGCAGCAGAACAGUUGCUGUUGGACACUCACAGCCUGAAGACUGUGCUGCUGGAUCUCCCAUCUCUUGGCUCCCAGCUCAACAGGAAGGCCCCUGCCAGUUUUACGAAGAUUGUGGUCAAAGGGAUGACUAAAGCUGAGAUGAUAUUGAAGGUCGUCAUGUCACCCCAUGAUCCUCCCCAGGGCUUUGUGGACAACUUCAUCCGCCUCCUCACAGACUCCGACAUCAAUGACUUUCAGAAGGUCCUUGAUAUGAAGGGCCUGCGUCGCAGCGAACAGAGUCAUCUGAUUGAAAUGUAUCGAGUCAGAAACCCAGCAGGCUCCAGCUCCAAUCUAGGGGAGGGAACUGCUGUUGGGUCUCACACACAAGGAUCAUCACCAGAACCAGAAUCAAGUCGAAUUAAAAAAUUAGAAAGGCUUAUAAAAAAGCGGUUAUAAGUAUCUGUUUCAUUUAAUGCUGUUUGUUUGGUUGUAUGUGAUGUUGUAAAUGUAAGCUAUGUUAUGUUUGAAUAGUUUGUAUGUUCAUUGUACAUAUAAGAAAUUUGUAAAUACAUGGUUGUGUGUUAGGAAUGGUCAAACAUUAUUGCAGUUUCACCAUCAUUGUAUUAUAUCCAAAUAUUUAUUAGUGUCUAUAUCUUGCUGAGCUCUUAGAGUUUCUACCUGAAAUUCUAUACUGACUAGGUCAUAACUGUACCCUUUUAAGGGAUCAGUCAUCUUUUUUUAAAGGGUUGGGUUGUGAUAGAAUGUUCUGGAGAUUUUGUUGCACUAAUGUACUAUUAAUAAUGGCCCUCCAUUACUGCUUGUCAUAUAAGUAGAGAAACAAAUAAAGGAACACAGGAAAAUUCCAGCGUUCCUUCAAUAUUUUCUAGUUUUCAUCACCAGCUUUGAAUAGAGCCCUGGUGAUGAAAACUGGAAAAUAAUAAAGGAACGCUUGCAUUUUCCUGUGUUCCUUUAUUUGUUUCUCUACAUAUAUUUUUAGGAUGACCCACCUGAUGUCCC